CCGUCGGUCGGUUUUUUGAUAAAAACUGUGUUCAGUGUUGGAGUGUUUUAGAUUGAAUUUUUUUUUUUUUUUUUUGGUGCGGUAAAUGUGCGUACUCAUGUGUGCGAUUGUGUACGGACCAACUUAAAAGCCGUGCAAGAUCUCCAUUGUAAUCUUACAACUAUUUUGUAACAAGAAAACCAAACAAAAUGAAAUAAAAUUAAAAAAAAAAUAACUAAAAUGAAAUAAAAACAGGUACCCAGUUUGUAGUGCUGCACCACAGCUAGGUAGCUACUCGCCUAGCGCUGUAACCGUUUACCGCAUUACAAGUGGUCUUUUGUAUUCGCAAGCUUUUAAGCUGCAGUGCAUUAUUGUGUUACCCGGUGACAUAAAAAAAUGUAUAAAUAAAGUAAUCAAAGCCAGAAUCAAUGUUCUUAGCGGCAUCGUGCACACGCGGCGCAUCCUUUAUGCCACUAAAGCGCACUGCGAGUGCUAUUUUUGACAAUAAACAAUUCACUCAAAAACCAAGUGAACUAGAAUCAAGUCGGAACUUUAUGCACUACCGGGCAAACGCAUAAAUAUCAUACUUUGCACGUUAACGCACGGGUGGCUCGGUAGCGGGUUUGUGUGUGCGUGUGUCUCUGCGCGCGCUCGCGGUACGUUUUCGUGCCUCUGUUGGCUGCGUGCGGCAAGCUGUUCGCCUCGCCGCCAUCCUCUUGGACUGCCUGUUAGCUGUGAUUGAAUAUGCCGCAAUGUGCUACAUCACUGCCGCCUGCCGAAAAAUGCUGUUGAACGCUCCCGAAUGAUGUGCAACAGUGCCAUUGCCACUGCCACUUCCACUGCGCUACUCGCUACUACUGUUGCUGCCGUUGCGUCGCUUGCUGCUACUGUCACUGCCACUGCCAACAACAUCCAAACCCAAGCGUGUAUGCGUGAGUGAGAGAAGUGGGCAGACGUACGGCGCGUGGCGCGAAUGCGCUUGUUUGUGCGGUUUUCGAGCAACUCCCACGAUAACAAUAAAAAAGAAGAGUGGUCGCAAAGCAGCUCCUGCAUAGCAAUCCCUGCUGUAUACACAGUUAUUAUUUUGUAUUUGUUGCUAUUGCUGUGUUGUGGUGGAUUUCUUUGUUGUGCGUACGCUUGUUGCUGUUUGUGUGCUGUUAGAGCGCCGCGUGUAAAAUGAAAAUCAACUGUUCAUGUGAUUGCAAUUGCAGCGACCGCGCCUCGUGCAGCACCAACAUCACCGACCGCCGUCCGAGCGAUAUCAUGGCCAAUGGCGAUUGCUAUCGCCGAUUGUCGAAUUCAUCGUCCGCAGUUUACGGUAGUUGUCCACAGUUAACACAGUAUUUAGAUUCAUCGCAACAACAACAACAACAUUGCCCACACUUGAACCCAACCGAACAAGAGGCGCAACAAGCGCAACAUCAUUACCAGUCAAUACAUCAGCAGCCACGUCAAUACUCGAGUUUAGUGCGUCCACGCCAGUCGCGUAGCCCAGUGCUUUGUCAGCGUUGUGCCGUGUGACGAAGGAAUAAUCAAGCCUGCACACAUCCCGAUAGAUCGACAGUGACUUGCGCGCUUACAUUCACAGCCGCGAGAACUGCCAAGGGCAAAGCCGCAAAGGAAGCAAAGGUAGCAACAACGACAGCAGUUGUAAAACCGGCACCCGCGCCCACAUCCUCUUCUCUAGCGUUUGUGUCCUUCAAACCGGCAGCUGCAUCGAAAACCUACAGAGCUCAGCAGUUGCAACAGGAAUUGCCAUCGUCUGUGGCUACGCCGGCUGUAACCGCAUCGCGCUACUUGUGUCGUCGCUGUAGAUUCAAUAAUCAACCCGUCACUUGGUGGGUUUCUUGUCCGCGUCUCUCCAAUUUAGGCUCUAGUGUCAGUUUGCAACCAAGCGCUACCGCAACAGAAUCCCAAACUCAAGCCAAGCAGUCAACACAACUUCAGCCACAAAGCAAGCCCGCGCCACAACUAUUACGCGAAGCAGCCAGCAGCUACGAAUACCAACAGCAACAGCAACGCCCUUUGCCACUGCCACCGCUGAGCGCCACUCAAAGCCAGGACUCGCCAACGCCCAGUGGUAACAGCAGCAACAUGGCCUCCGCCGCGGCUGCCAUCACAAAGAAAACAGUCACGCGCCAGCAACUUUAUGGUUCAAAUCGUUGCCUACGGCAAUCAAGUGUCCAUUAUCCACUCGAUCAUGGCACGCUGCAGACGGCACAUGCCGGCGGUGUUGGUAAUACACUAAAGCGCCAAACAUGCGCUCUCUCGCACUCGCGUUCCAUCACGGCCCUACAAAAUAUGGAUCUCUAUGGCAGCUAUGCCACACUGCCCUCGACGGCAGGCGGUGCUGCUGCCCCGCUCGAUACACCGCAGCGCUCGUAUUGUGCACGCCAUUUGCCGAGUGGUGUGAGCGCAGCUGCUGCAGUCGGUGCUGGUGGUGGUGGUGUUGGUUUGGGUGUGGGUGUCAGUGACAGCCACACUUGGCAUUCCAAUCAGUAUGCGGCAGCUACGCCUUGCUGUCACCUCUACAAUGCCAAUCAGGCAGCUGCAGCAGCGGCACCCACAUGCAUGUAUGGUGGCGUUGGUGCUGGCCACACUUGCCAACAGCAACAGCCUCAAUCGCACCAACAGCAGCAGCAGUAUCCGCGUGCCACUCUGUUGCAUGACAGUCAUAAGCCUUUGGUGCCCAAUGGCUGUUAUUUUGGCUAUGAGCAUGGCACACAUUUAACGGACGAGGAGGACUCGGCGUUUCCAGGCUUCCAUGACCGUGAGUUUCACAUGCUGCAUCGGAAUAUACCGGCGUUGCGGCGCACUGGUGUUGAUACGGCGGGGAUUAGACAGUAUUUUUAUCCGGAUGGUGGUUGGGGUUGGAUCAUUUGUGGUAUAGCCUUUUUGGUUCAUAUAUUAACGACAGGUUUGCAAUUGUCAAGCGGCCUGCUACUCUUCUAUGCCAUUGAACAUCUGCGAGAUUCGAAUGGUAUUGAAUGGGUUGGUGCUCUGAACUGGUCAAUUUCUAUGUUACUAUCACCAUUUGUGAUCACAUUUUGUCGAAAGAAAUCGACGCGACUGAUGGCAGUGGUAGGCGGUCUAGUGCUACCUCUAGGCGUACUAUUUACCUCCUUCGCUACGGAGUUGGGACAAAUAUUUUUUAGUUAUGGUAUUGUUUUUGGUGUUGCUGUGGCAAUGGUUCGUGAAUCGUCCACAAUAAUGUUAGGAAAUUAUUUUAAGCGCCGAAGACAAUUUGUCGAAAUGAUCGCCAUGUCGGGUGAGGGAGUGGGCAUAUCGAUUUUCUCUGUGAUACUGCGGGAGGGUGUUGGAAACGCUGGCUGGCGUGUUGGUCUCCAAAUCGUUGCUGGUCUGGUAGCGGUUAGUUUCUUUAUGGGUUUAUUAUAUAGGCCCGCAUCACUAUAUCAUCCACAACGGCGAGCCAUACAACACUUGAAAAAUCAGCGGAAGAAGAUGCGUGAAAAUAAAUCGAAAUCUGUGGUAACGACAGAACAGAGAAGUGUCCGUUAUUUGUUUCUCGACAUAUCACCCUUCAAGUCAACCAAUGUGAAAAUUCUACUCGUAUCAGCUGCUGUAGCGGCAUUGGGUAUUUACACACCAAUGAUCUCAAUGACUUUGACCGUCGCCAAGGAGGGUCCGGAUAUAGAAGACUUGGUUUUGCUGCAAACGUUUUUAGGUGUCUCCACCACAAUGGGCGUUUUUAUUGCCGGUACAAUAUUGCGCAAAACUUUUAGAAUAGGCAGCUUUUUGAUAACCUCACAAAUUGUGUCUCAAGUAUUUAUUGCAUUAAUAGCAAUUGCUAUAUUGAGUCUCUCGUUCGUCGUAAGUUUUCGCUGGUUCUGCAUACUCGGUUGGUUGUAUGGCAUCGGUUUCGGUGGAUUUCGUUAUGCCUUCAAGGUGCUAGCACUGGAUCGAAUUAAGGUGAAGCAGUUCUCUAAGUCAUGGGGCCUUAUCAAAGGCGUCGAAUCCAUACCGGUGCUCAUUAGUAUUCCACUAACCAGCUUCCUCAACGACUACUCACUGCAUUAUGGACGAGCCGGUUAUUUCAUCUGCUCUGCAGCUGCUGCUAUUGGCGGCAUUAUUAUAUUCUUCAUGACCUACUCAACGGUAGAGCAGAGUUCUAGUAGCCACCAGGUAAAUAGCAAGAAGCAUGGUAAUGGUGCCAUACCCACAUUGCGUCCCUUCCCCCAAUAUUGCAAGCUACAUGGCUUUCAUGAACCUGUGGUGGACUUUAAUGUUUACAAUGGCUGUGAUUACCCAGCGCCCGAUUUGCUUAUGAGCCGCAGCUGUGUCAGCUUGAAUCAAGUGGAUUUUGAGAACCUAUGUCGCAACAAUGCGUACUGUGAUCGGUGGCAUAUGCCAAGCUUGCAUAAAUUGCAACACUGUGUGGUACAUGGUGGGGCGACGGCGCGCGGGCGAGGUGGUCAUAUGGGCGAAAUAAGUCGGCCGCAUAGUCCACAUUAUGACAUGGAGCAUCGCUAUGCCAGUAUGGGGCGUGGUGUGGGCAAGCGGUUGCAGAAAAGUUUGUCGUUCAUACAGAAUCCGUAUUGUUGCAAUGGGCAAUGGUAUUGCAAUUGUCAUGACAGCUAUCAGUGGGCACAAACGUCGCCGAGAUCCCAAAUGCAUCAACCUCUGCUGUGCACCUGCAAUCAAGGCUCCACCAACUAUUUGCAAAACUCACGCAGUCGCAGCGUUCCUGAAGGUCUCUCCACAAUCGGCAAUCAGCUGUGCAGAUGUAAGACAACAACAGCGGGAGCAGCAUCGGGGGUGGGCUCUUCCACCGCUCUAUCGCGUGAAGUUAUCUAUUUGCCGCGCCAUGACCUCGACUAUGACUUCGCGUGUCGGCAUCAUCAAAGAGGUGUAGGCGCUGCAGCAACCACAGCAGCAGCAGCGGCAGCCGCCGCCAUACAACAUGGUGCCGCUACAACACCGCGUUACCGGCACCGCCGCUCACAAUCACUAUCCAAGCCACUGCAAUAUGUCGAACAGAUAACGACAUCGGUGUAGAUGGGCUACUAAUAGCAAUUAGACAAAAAAGAGUAGUACAUAAACUCAUGUUGAGAAUAGCAAGGCUACUGCAUUGGGUACAGUGGUUAAAAAUAGUGAACAUUUUGUGCAUGUUAAUUUAUUAAUAUUCCCAUUUUAUGUUGACGUAUUCGAAAACUCGGUCUCGCAGAACUUAGGUUAUUCAAAAUUGGCUUUCCUAAUUGAAAAUAUUUUAAUUUAAAACUAAACUACUUUCCGAUAUUCUAUACAUAACAACUUAAAUUUGUUCCAAAUUAAUUUAAGAAAUGAUCGGUGGAAAUGAAAAUUUUCUGCGCUUUGUUCAAAGUGGCGCAAAAUUAAUCACCCUAUCGGAAUAUUUAUAAUUCUUGCAAAUGGCGUAGUACGUCAAUCAUAUUUUACGUACGCUUAUGAA